UACAUACGGAUUUUUUUCAACUUCAAACGAGCCCCAUUGGUUAAAAACCAAAUUUACUAAUUUUCUUGUGUUAUAGUCCAUAGACUUUUGGUGAUACAAUAUCCAAACUUGUUUUUGGCUAAACAAUUUUUGUGGAUGUCCAUUAUGACCUUAUCAAUGGUAUACAAUGAGAUGAUACCCGAAAUGUAUGGGUACGGGAGCAUAAUGCCUUCUGGAGCUACUCUGAAAACUCGUCAGGUUUCCGGUAGUGAUACACCGGAAUCCAAUUGGAAGAUUAAUUCGGAAGAAUUGAAAUCGAAAGGUAAUUUUUUAGAAGAAUUGUAUUUUUAUGACAAAGCUAUAGCAAUUUCUCCGGGCGAUGGAAGAUUGCAUUGUAAUCGAGCUGCGGUCGUUAAUGGGUCUAAAUCCAAUACCGGAAGCAUUGAAAGAAUGUGAAGAAUUAGCUCCACGAGCACACCAGCGUAUAGGAUCAUUGUUAGUAUUUUUAGGAUUUGCUGAAAAUGCAAGGAAGUGUUUAUUUUCGGUAGAUCAAACACCAGACGGAGCGGAGUUGGACAAGUUGAUCAUGAAUCUCUGCAGGUUUGACAAUGUGUAUGCUGCGAUUGAAAGAGAUGCACAAAUUGAUCUUCAAUGUAUAGAAGCUUGUAGUGCUUAUGGGGACGGGCUGUCUCGUGAUUCUUUGAAUUCGAUUCUCUACUGCGAUAGAAGCAGCUUGCUAGUAUAAACUUAAACAGUGGGAAAAAUCUUUGGAUGAUCGCAAUCAUGCUCUCUUUCUCGAAAAGCUGCAUCAAAUGUCAAGGUGAUCGACGGACAUUCCACCUUUAAAUCUUACUACGAAAAUCAUAAAAUUUGAUCGUAUAUAUGCAAUGGAUUAUAGCUGGAAAGGAAAAGGGUCUGAUAUACCCCUCAACUUUGUCAUUUAGAGCUGAUAUACCCCUCGUUAUAAAAGUGGCUCAUAUA